GCGGCAGCGCAGCAGGGAGCUACGGGGAUUACUGACCUGGGGAAACCCAGACACUUGGGAGGAAUCGGGGGCAGAGAAAGUCAACGGGAUUUUCUACAAUUUGAGGACAAUGAAGACCAUGUCGCUCAGUUGCUUCGCCGCAUUGUGUUUGCUUUUCGUGACCUGCAUUACUUCUGAGGAUCAAGUUAUCCUUACUAAACAUGGAAAGGUAAAAGGGGUGCAGAUACCAGUGCUCUCUGGUACCGUGACAGCUUUUCUUGGAAUUCCAUAUGCAGAGCCGCCAGUUGGGGAUUUAAGAUUUAAGAAGCCUAACCCUCCAAAGUCAUGGUCAGAUGUUCUGUAUGCUUCAAAAUAUGGAAAUUCUUGCUUUCAAAUUCCAGAUGAAACAUUUCCUGGUUUCUCGGGGGCUGAGAUGUGGAAUCCAAACACUGAAGUGAGUGAAGAUUGCCUGUACCUUAACGUAUGGGUCCCAGAUCCACAGCCAACAGGUGUAAGUGUCAUGGUGUGGAUAUACGGUGGUGGCUUUGUAACUGGGACAUCUUCUCUCGAUGUUUAUGAUGGCAAGUUCCUGGCAGCAGUUGAACAGGUCAUUGUGGUUUCAAUGAACUACAGAUUAGGUGCAUUGGGCUUUUUAUCGAUUCCUGGGAAUGCUGAUGCCCCUGGAAACGUUGGCCUCUUUGAUCAGCGAUUGGCUCUGGAGUGGAUCUAUGAAAACAUUGCAACGUUCGGCGGGAAUCCUCAAAGCAUAACUAUUUUUGGAGAAAGCGCUGGAGCAGCCUCAGUCAGUUAUCAUUUGCUUUCUCCAAAAAGCCACCCAUAUUUUACAAGAGCCAUAAUGCAAAGUGGGUCGGCGAAUGCUCCUUGGGGGGCUAUAAAUAAAACAGAAGCCAGGCACAGAGCUUUGAUAUUAGCCAAUCAGCUGGGUUGUUCUUACGAGACUGAUAACAAAAUCAUCGCCUGCCUCCGAGGUAAGACUCCCAAAGAGAUUUCUGACAAAGCUGAUUAUGUUAUUCCGCCCGGUGACAGAGCAAUCAUAGAAAUGACUUUUCCUCCUUCCGUCGAUGGAGAUUUUCUUACAGAAAUGCCGGAGCAAUUGUUGCAACUUGGCCAACUGAAAAAGAACACACAGAUUUUAACCGGCGUCAAUAAGGACGAGGGGUCGUAUUUCCUUGUAUAUGGAAUGCCGGGAUUCAGUAAAGAUCACGAUAGUUAUAUCAAUAGGACGCAGUUUGAAGAAAGUGUUAGGUUAUCAUUCCCAAAAGCAGCAGAACUUGCUGUAGAAUCCAUCCUUUUCUAUUACGCAGACUGGGAAGGUGUUCGGAAUCCGGCUCUUUAUCGAGACGCCAUGGAUGACGUUGUUGGAGAUUACAACUUUAUAUGUCCUCUUCUGGAAUUCACAAAGAGAGCUUCCCACCUCGGGGACAACGUUUACUUAUACUUCUUCCAACACAGAUCUUCCCAGUUGGCUUGGCCUGAAUGGAUGGGAGUCAUACACGGCUACGAGAUUGAGUUUGUUUUUGGGAAGCCACUGGACGAGAAACUUAAUUAUACCAAACAAGAAGAGACGCUGAGCCGUGCCGUAAUGAGACAGUGGGCUAAUUUUGCAAAAACAGGAAACCCAAAUGGGGCGGACCCUUUGCAAAACCAAUGGCCCGCCUUUACUCUCGAUGAACAACGUUACCUAAUGAUAGGGGCAGGGGACUCCCUGACGGGCCGGCAAAUGCGAAACAAACAGUGUCAAUUCUGGAAUGAAUUCUACCCCAAAGUCUUGCAAAUCACAGAUCCAGUUCCUUGCACGGCCAUUUGCAUCAUGGUUACCAGAAGUUUGCCCUUGGUUACCCUGAUACAUUUGUUGCUAAUGAAUGUGAAUUGACCACUCACCUACUUGUUGGAUGUUCUGUGGCACGGACGGGGCAGUCUCUGCUUAGCCUACUAUAAUGUCCAUGAAGACCUUCAGAGACAGAGUUGACAUUUUGCUGCACAGAACAUGGAAGCUCUACAGGACUUGGCUGGAAUAAGGGACUUGAAAGUUCAGACUAGAGGGAUAUUAACCAACAGAAUGAUAACACAAUGGUUUGAUGGGUUUAUCUACAUACUCUGAGUAUUUGGUACUAACAUAUAUACAGUAAUGUCAAAAAGUCAGCUAAAACAUACAAAUAUUUGAUCAAACAUUGUAUAAGGUUACAGAGUAUGAACAAAAACAAAGAGUUGCAAUCAUUUAAUUCAACAAAAAAAAAAUACUGUCUCCUUCUGAAAGCUCA